AUGUCUCUUGCCGGAAUGCGCAAUCUGCUCUCUCAGUGGUUUCCUCCACAGCCAACCUACAUCGAGCAACACGUCCCAUCUCAGAAAGGGAAAGUGUUCAUCGUCACAGGCGCCAACCACGGUAUCGGGUUUGAGCUUGUCAAGAUUCUAUAUGCAACUGGGGCUAGAAUAUACAUGGCAUCGCGAUCCAAGGAACGUGCCGAGAAAGCGAUAGAGACCAUCACAACCGCCACACCAGCACCCGAAACCCCCGGUACCAUAGUCUUCCUUCCCUUUGAUCUGAACGAUCUGGACAGCGUCAAAGCAGCCGCCGCCAUCUUUGCGCAACAAGAGCCAAAGCUCCAUGUUCUUUGGAACAAUGCUGGUUCAGGCGCUUAUAGAAUUGAAGAAGGCGCCAAAACGAAGCAAGGAUUCGAGCCAAUGGUUGGCAUGCACUGCAUUGCUGCGCAACUGUUUACCCACCUCCUCCUUCCCCGACUCCGAGCAGCCGCGGGAGACGCUCCGAAAAGCUCGGUGCGUGUUGUUUGGACCGCGAGUUUCAUGGCGGAACUGUCGACUGGCGACAAUGGCAUCGACUUUGACCAUCUCGUAGAGGGUACGCCUGAUCGUGCGCUGAACUAUGCCGUCUCCAAGUUUGGUAACUGGCUUCUCGGCCGCGAGAUGGCCUCCCGUUAUGGUUCUGACAAUAUUGUCAGCGUCGUUCAGAACCCUGGUAACUUGAAAGCUGGCGCCUAUGACGGGGUCCCGGCGUUUUCAAUGCUCUUUAUCACUCCCUUCCUGUACGAGACAAAAUUUGGUGCGUACACUGAGCUGUACGCAGGCCUAUCCCCCGAUAUCUCGCUUGAUAAUAAUGGCGCGUACGUUAUCCCCUGGGGCCGCAUUCGCAUCGACGAAGAUAUUCCGAGGAAGGAUAUCGUGAAGGCCUUGAAGCCGGAGGCGGAAGGGGGCCUUGGUUAUACGACCAAGUUCUGGGAGUGGUGCGAGGAACAAUGGAAGCCCUUCGUCUGA